UCUCAGAUAAUAUAAACCCUGUACUGUUCUAAACCAUUGUUUCUCAGAUAAUGUAAACCCUGUACUGUUCUAACCCAUUGUAUCUCAGAUAAUUUAAACCCUGUACUGUUCUAAACCAUUGUUUCUCAGAUAAUGUAAACCCUGUACUGUUCUUAACCAUUGUUUCUCAGACAAUGUUAACCCUGUACUGUUCUAAACCAUUGUUUCUCAGAUAAUGUAAACCCUGUACUGUUCUAAACCAUUGUUUCUCAGAUAAUGUAAACCCUGUACUGUUCUCACCCAUUGUUUCUCAGAUGAUGUAAACCCUGUACUGUUCUAAACCAUUGUUUCUUAGAUAAUGUAAACCCUGUACUGUUCUAAACCAUUAUUUCUCAGAUACUGUACACCCAUGUACUGUUCUAAACCAUUGUUUCUCAGAUAAUGUAAACCCUGUACUGUUUUAAACCAUUGUUUCUCAGAUAAUGUAAACCCAUGUACUGUUCUAAACCAUUGUUCUCAGAUAAUGUAAACCCUGUACUGUUCUAAACCAUUGUUUCUCAGAUAAUGUAAACCUUGUACUGUUUUAAACCAUUGUUUCUCAGAUAAUGUAAACCCUGUACUGUUUUAAACCAUUGUUUCUCAUAUAAUGUAUCCCUGUACUGUCCUAAACGAUUGUUUCUCAUAUAAUGUAAACCCUGUACUGUUCUAAACCAUUGUUUCUCAUAUAAUGUAAACCCUGUACUGUUCUAAACCAUUUUUUCUCAUAUAAUGUAAACCCUGUACUGCUCUAAAACAUUGUUUCUCAGAUAAUGUAAACCCUGUACUGUUCUAAACCAUUGUUUCUCAGAUAAUGUAAACCCAUGUACUGUUCUAAACCAUUGUUUCUCAGAUAAUGUAAACCCUGCACUGUUCUAAACCAUUGUUUCUAAGAUAAUGUAAACCCUGUACUGUUCUAAAACAUUAAUGGGACUUUUCAAUCGAUAAUUACAAUAGAAUUGCAAUCCCAUUUUGCACUCAUAUCUAACGAAUUAGAAAAGAAAUUUUAAAUACGACGGACAGAACCACAUGUCUAUACUAGAAUAGAAAUAUAUUCUCUGGUUUUAAAAUAAUUUCUCUUGUUAGGAGACAAAACAUUCUUGAAUAAAUUUCACAUUAGUUUGAAUAGGUUUAGCAAUUAAAAAAUCUAGACACUCCUUUUCUAAAAUAUUUUUCAAAAAGAUAAACGUAAAAUAAGGUUUAGUUGAUUAAAGAUGAUGGGAUAGGAAAGGUAGAUCACAAAGCUUAUACAAAAUCUUGUAAUAAUUCAAGGGACUGUUGUGUAAAUUUCAAAUGAAUCUCCAUUUAAAAUUGGGCAUGCACGAUUAACAAUUUGGUAGCCUUUUAAACUUCUUUCUGAGAUAUUGGCGUUUCUGUAAGAUUGAAAUGUUUUUAAUUCUCUCAAUAUCCUCCUUUUUUAAAAAAAAUCUCAAUUGAAGAUAAUCAAUUUUAAAAAAGAUAUAAAAGAAUAUCUCACUUAUACGUGUUCAGACAAAGCUUUUUAAAGGCAACGUUGUAAAUUGAAAAUGCCAUUCUUAAAUUAAAUGGGAGUAAAUCCCCUGUAUCUCCCCUCCCCUUGGUCAAAUUGGUUACGCCUGUGAUCCGACCCGAACGAACCCCGUCUUGGCGCAAACCACAACAGAUAUGACUCAUCUAUCCAUCUAUCUAACCAUUUAAAUUCAACUUAUUCAAUUCGAAAUCAUCAGAAAUUUUUUACUUCUGAAAUAAAGUUGUUUUUGUAGUUUUUUUAGCAAUGUCAAAAAGCGUAUAUUUGGUGAUUAAUUUGUAUCUUUGCCGCGUAUGAUGUAUGUAUGGCAUCAGUGUGUACUCAGGUAUAAUCAGUUGUAAGUUGGUAGUGCCGGUGUUAACAUUCCACAAAGUGCUCUGUGCGUUCUACGCAAAAUAUCUGUGCGUUCUGCACUGUAUAGUGUAUACGCAUAUUUUUCAACAUGGCGAGAUCUAAAAAUAUUGUUUUUAGUGAAGAAACUAAUCCGGAAGCGAUUAAGAUUGAAUUGUACCCUGACACCAAUGAAGAUGAAGAAGUUGAAUUAAAAAAUAAACUUCAGGUUCCAGCAGUUCGACACCUCAGUUGGAGAGAAUCCUUAACAGUCCCUUUAGAUGUCCUUCUACCUAGCCCUACCAGUCCUACUGGUCCUUCAGGCCCUUUAGACGAGGAGAUACGGACAUCUUGGAACAGACAGGGUACAUCUGUUUAUACGGCUUGUAUACAGUGUCCUUGUACAUCCAGACCCUCGAACAAUAGCAAGAGAAGACGAAGAAAUAUGUCCGAAGAUUCUCAAAAUUCCAACAAAUCUCUGAGAGUCCAGUUUGAUACAAAUUCUGAGGAACGUAGAGAAGACAGAAGAAAUGAGAGAAGAGGAGCAGAUGAAGUGGACGGGCAGGGAAGAAGCUCUGACAGACAGAAAAGAAGCUCGGAAGGAUUUGACCGGGAAGCGAGAAUAUCCGAGAGAUAUGACCGGAAGGUUGGAGAAAGUGACAGAAGAAUAAUUCAACAGGACUACAGAGAGCUUCAGGUGGCAGAGCUAAGCGAAAAGAUGGAUAAAGGGUCUGAAACCUGGUGCUUUUCUUGUAAAAAGGCUGUACACGAUGAACCUGAUGGAAUUAUGUCAAAGAGCAAAUCUUCCAACUUAGAACUAACACAGGACAAACUACUAAGAAGAGAAGGACUGCAAGUAGAGGAAAGAAGUGGGAAAAGGGGGAAUUCGCGUAAAUCUAGCUUCACGGCCCCGAUUAUAGAUGCAUUUAUCAGGCUCAUAUUUCUAAAGAUUCUAUUUGUUGAUAUUGGUAUCAGUCUGGGGGAUGUAGUCAUGGAUUUUAUACAAGCUAUUAAUCUUAUCCUAGAGGGACCUAGCUCUGUCAGUUUCCCGUAUGGAAUAUGUUUGCUUGUAACCUGCUGGAUUCCUAGUAUAUCUGUUCCAUUACACUUAGGCCUAGGCACUUACAAGGAUAUUUUCAAAACAAGGGGAACCUUUGAAGCUCUGGUUUUGAUUCUGUUGUAUAUCUGUUUGUUCCCCCUUAUUCCAACCCUAUGCUAUAUCCUACUACUGAUCACUCCAAGGAGUUCCUGGGAACAGCGGCGACGGUAUCGUGAAGUUGAAAGAAAGGCACAUGAGAUAAAAUCCAUCACUGCGUCUAUUGAGGCGCCAUUGCAGCUGAUAAUUAUCCUUUAUUUAAUGUUACGGGGCAUUCUUACACUACCGUGGAACGAGUCCACGUCGUCUUCCUGUAUAGAGGAUAAUCUGGGCAGAGUAGCUUGCCUUCCCUCAAUACCAAUGCUAGCGAUCACAUUUUCAAUCUUGUCAAUUAUAAAAUCAAUGUUUGAUCUUAACAUUCAUCCUCUUCUAGCUAAUCAGGAAUGUGGUUUAGGUUUCCUAAACUCAUCUCUUCAGCUAUUUCUGUGUUAUCUUCCAUUUUCCCUCUCCAACAUUAUAUUUAGAAUAUUUGCAUAUUCGUUUAUACUAGUUUACUUGGAUUACUGGUCCUGUAUACCUUUCACUAUCCUACUACUCUGUAACCUUGUAACGUUUGGAUUCUCAUUUACUAGACUUUACAGAUCAACUUCUGGCAGUAGACCGUCAGGGACUCCAGAAAGAGAAAUUAGAUUGGCUUAUUUUACAUCUGGGUUCAACACUGUGGAUAAUCAGCAACAUGAGGAGAUAGGUUGGAACCAGACUAUACUCAACGCAGUACCUGGAGAAGAAAUAGGUUGGGAUCGAACCAUCCUAGCUCCGCAAAAUCUUAAAUCUUUCAAUACUGCAGAUUUGGUCAAGAAUUCGGAUUCUAGAAAGGAUAAAGAUGGUUCUCCUUCCCCGAAGUCCUUAAAGAUGCAAGGAUCAGAGAUAAGUAAGAAUAUAUUUGUAUUCUCUGAACCCGGCAGUCCAUGUAUUGAAGGACCGGAUGAGAAGGAUGGAAUCCGUCCUGAUGGUCCUCUACAGCUCUUCAAUAGAUACAUCUCUCAGAUUAGUUAUGCCAGGAGUGAGAAUUCGUCCCUCCCUCGCGCGAUUAACGAGACAAACACGUCAAUAUUUUUCAAUUCUCUUUCCGGUCUAUUCUUCCCAUCCUGCCAUUCUCAUAUCAAACCAUUCUGCUCAACCCUCCAACCUCUUCCAGCAAUAGACCCUGAGAUAAAUAUAAAAAGUUUGCUGUCCUGGCAGAAUAGAGUUUUAGGACGUCAAGUCCUCCUGUACAACUCCGUCCUACUCCUGGUCCUAGUCCUGGUCUGGAUUCUGGUCACAUUCACCGAGUUCAACUACAACAGCAAUGUGUUGGACCCUUUUUGGUUUUCUAUAGUUUUCUCAAUACUAGUAUGUAUGUGGUUGCUAACUGUUCUUCUAUCUUAUGAGCUCAAACAUCCACUGAAGGAUACGCUUUGGAGCCUGUUCUCUCCUCUCUGCUCGGAUUCGGAAGAAAAUUCGGAAAAAAAUAGGAAUGAUGUAGCUGAACGCGCUGGGUUUGGAAUAAGUAGUUCACUAACAGGACGGGUUGGAAUAUUCUUUAUCCUCUCCGCACUUCUAGCUCUUCCCCCACUUAUAGCUCUUGUAGGUUUCAAGUUAAACAAUUCAACGCAGCCGUAUAUAUUCUUAUUGCAAGACGACUCAACACAAGUAGAUCUAGGAAUCCUUGCCGCGUUUCCAGUUCACGAUACAGGAAGACGACAAUUCAUAGUGGGACGAGUAGAGACUAGUUGUAGUAUAGACGAAAACUCUGAUUUCACCGGACGAAUUCUAGUUGUAAACUCUAGUAGUCCUCUUUGUAGAAUUCUUCUCAGUAGGACACAUUUCUAUAAUAUCACUCAGAGCACUGGAUCAUCUGGUAUUGUGAUACUAGACUCAACACCAGUCAAUAGAUGGAGGGUAUCCUCUCCAUACAAUAUCAACUCUUCAAAAUAUCAACAAACUUAUGGAGUAGAAAAUAUCCCUGUUUUAAUGGUCCGGGAACCUGAUUGGAGAAAAUAUGAUGCUUUUCUACAAAAUAAGAACAACAAGAUAUCAAUAGUGUACGAGGAAUCAGUUCCAGACUUUAAGAAAUUAUUUUCCUGUAGCAGGAGAAAGGAUUUGAACCUAGGAGGUGAAUACAGUUUUGGUGUAGAGGGACCCUGUUCUGGUGGAAAAUAUUUAUCUAACAACGGAUCCAUUCUUGAGAAUAUUUGUGUAAAGGGAGAAUGUACACAGUAUGGUCGACGAUGUAUUUCUUCAUUUUUCUCAAAGUUUGAAGAUUUGACCCUGACCUUAGAAUGUCGCGCUGAAGAUAUGAGAGGUUUAGAUCUGUUGUUCAAACUCCAGGGUCAAACCAUAGAUACUACAUCUAUACUUACCCUAACUAAACCACAAGGAUUGGAUGAGAACUAUUGUUGUAGAAGUAGUGAGUAUAACAGCACAUUCCUUCAAGUAUACCAGGAACAAAGCUGUUUUACCAGCUGGCGUGAAGUUGACCUUCGUGCUGUACAGGGUUGCCAGUGGACGGAUUGGAUGAAAACUAAGUGUACUGCAGCUGGUGUAAAUGUUGUACGGUACUGUCUUGUUGAGUACAGUUGUGUGAUAAAAGAGUACUACAGUACACGAGGUUGUACAAGCGAUGAACAAAUUCAGCAUUGUCAAACUAAUCAAAACAAAUGCUAACAUAUAAUUAUUUUUUUCUUUCAAAAAUCAAAAUUUUUUUGAUUUUUAUAUAGUAAACAAGAUAAUUUUUAAGAAAUAUUAUGAGAUGCCAUUUACCCAUUGUCAGAAUAUCUAUCAAGUAUAUAAUGUUCUUUAUUCAUUACUUUCAUAUAAUUGUUAACAUGUAGUAAAUUUAUGUAAACAAUUGCUUAAUAUCAGACAACAUUUUGAAAUGUUACUUAUUUUUUACAUGCAAGUAAUAUUUCUUUUGAUUUUUACAGUUUUGAUUUUAAACCAAACAUUAAUUAACAAUCCAAAAACGUAAAUGUAGAGUACAAAAUAACAAAUUUUGCUUAUAGUUGAAAAAUUUCACGGAAAGAGUGUUUUGAAGAGAGUCCUUUAAAAAAGUCAUAAUUUUUAUAAUAAUGUUUUUGCAUAGAAGGUUUUUGCUGAAGUCAAAGACGUGAAAAAUGGAAUGAAAUCAAAAAUAGUUACGAUCCCCCCCCCCCAAAAAAAAAAACAUAUUUACAUAAUCUAUUUCAAAAAUAUUCCUUACUGCACGUCGUUGGUUUUAAAAUUCAGUAUAUGUGAUCUCAACCAAACCUGUGAUAUUUAAACCUGUUUUUUGCAUAACAUAAAUUUAGUAGAAUAUUUAUCUUCUGGUGAUAACAUAAAUAAACAUAUUUUUUUCUGCA